AUGUUGGACUGGAAAGCAUACGUGGCGGCUGUCCUACAAGACAGCACUAUUGCGGACAUUGCAAUUGUCGGAUGCACCCCCAAGAACAAAUCCAUCUGGGCAUGCAGAAGCGAUGGUGUAUUCGGCCGCAUUACAUCCCAGGAGAUUGAAGUGAUCAUCGACACCGACAGGAAGUGUAUCCUCCAAAACGGCAUAACCAUUGGUGGGAAGAAGUAUUCCAUCAUCCGGGAUAACAUGCUGUUGGAAAAUGAUCCUUCCAUGGAUAUCAGGACACUGGGUAAUGAGGGCAUGAGCAUUUGUAUUGGGAAAUCUACCAAAGCCAUGAUGAUUCUGAUGGGCCGGAAAGGAGUUCAUGGAGGUGUCAUCAACAAGAAGAUGCAUGACAUGGUGGACUUUCUAAGUAGAAAUGGCAAGAUCUAA